GAUAUAACAACGAUUGUAUUCCCUAAUAGUCGGGUACCUGAACUUCUUUGUCUCUCCAGAAUCCCGAGAUAAAUCUACUAUUCUUUCACACAAAGCAAGCAACCACCGAACCACCAUGACAGACAACCAACAACCCCGUCCCUUCAAAAGAAUCUACAUCAUAGGCGCCGGCCCCUCCGGCCUUCUCCUUGCCCUGCUCCUCUCCCGCCAUGGGCGGCGUUCCCUUUCCUCCCCCUUCGGAUCACCCGGCGGCGGCGGCGGCGGCGGCGGCGGCGGCGGUAUCCCCGUAACCAUCCUCGAAGCCGCCCACCAACUCGACUCCCGCCCGCGCGCCGCCCACUACGGCACAGCAUGCAUUCCCGACCUCAUUCGCGCAGGCAUCAUUGACAAGAUCCGCCGUGAUGGCGGAUUUGUCCUGUCGACCAUGACGUGGAGGAGGCCAAGGACUUUUGAAGAAGUGGGCGGGUUUGAGUCCAGUGGGUUGAGGGGAGAAAAAGGAGAAGAUAUGAGGACGCAUUGUCUUGUCUUGCAAGAUUUGUUGGAGGUGAUGCUUGAGGAGUGUGUGGAACGGGGGGUGGAGGUGGUUUGGGGGUGUAGGGUUGUGGGGGAUGGGGAAGAAGGGAAGGGAGAGGAAAAGGGGGCUUGGGUUGAGGUUGAGGUUACGGGGGAGGAUGGUGAAGUCAAGGAGAGGAAGAGGUUUGGUGGGGAGGGAUGUAUCGUGGUGGGCGCGGAUGGAGCGAAUAGUGCGGUUAGAAAGGGACUGUUUGGGGAUGAGUUCCCGGGGUUUACGUGGGAUCGGACGAUUAUUGCUACGAAUACAUACUACGACUUUGACAAAUUCGGCUGGUCCGACGCCAACUUCAUCAUCGACCCCGAUAACUUUUUCAUGGCAGCCCGCAUCUCCCCCUCCACCCCCUCCCACCCCGCCCUCUACCGCAUCACCUACGCCGAAGUCCCCAACCUCACCCACGCCCAAUACCUCGCCCGCCAACCCUUCAAAUUCCAAUCCAUCCUCCCCGGCUCGCCCACCCCGGACCAAUACCAACUCCUCACUCUCUCUCCGUACAGAAUGCACCAGCGCUGCGCGCCCUCCUUCCGCGUCGGCCGUGUGCUACUAGUAGCAGACGCCGCCCACCUGUGCAACCCCUGGGGCGGCCUGGGUAUCACAGGCGGUUUUGUGGAUGUAGGCGGGCUGUAUGAUUGUCUGGCGGGGAUCUGGGAUGACAAGGCGGAUGAGGAGGACAUGUUGGAGCUGUAUAGUGAGAAGAGGAUGGAGAAGUGGAAGACGAUUAUUGACCCGGUGAGUCAGGAGAACUUUAGGAGGGUGAGUGGGCAGCUUGAGUUGGAAAAGGAUGAGUUUUUGGGGGCGUUGAAGGAGGUGAAGGGGGAUGAAAAGGGGGUGGGAAAGGUGUUGUUGGGGAUGAUGGGGGUUAGGUAUGAUUUUACGGGGCAUUAUAGGCGGUGAGGCACUGGGGGAAAAAGAAAGGGGUGGGAUGGAUGGGGUUGAGUGUGGUUUAGGCUUUUGGUCGAGUGAAGCUCGGCAAUUGGACAAUGGGAAGAAACGGACCAAGAAUGAUGCUGAGAAUUUCGGGAGAUGGGAUUUUGUCGGGGAAUUGGUCGCGGCAGCUGAGUAGCAAUACCGAAGACAUUGAGAGGUCAUUGCUCAGGAAGUGGAUAUUUUUAUCGCACAAUGCUUCAUGACACUCACAGAUUGCUCGACCAGACAAUCUCCAACCUUGUUAGCUUCCCCCCUCUGAAAUCCUCCCCCAACAAACUUUGCUUCAGUCCCGCUCCUUCUGUCGUCAAAAA